AUUUCCCCCGCCGCAAUCUUCACAAACCAUCUUGUUCAAUCUAAGAAGGGAUUUCUUGGUUUUGCGAGUCUCUUAUAGCGGAGUCAAAGAAUUAUUGUCUGAAUUGAGUUAGAACGAUUGCUAUUUUACUCGUUCCUUCUUUCUAAACUCCUCUCCUCUCCUUUCUACUUCGCGAAAUAUUUGUCGCAAGAGUUUAAUUCGCCAUGGCUGAAGAACAGAAGCCUGUUACCGCGCAGGCGACCAACGCCGAGGCCGAGAAGGAUGUCCAGAAUGUGCUCGCAGAAUUGAAGGGCGAGACCGAUGCGCCUGCUAAUGGUGCUGAAAAGAAGGACGAUGCUCCCGCCGACAAGUCUGAGGAGGCGGAAGAGGCCCGUAUUGUUGCCGCUGCUGCUAAGCUCGGCGAGAAGUCAGAGAAGACUGAGAGUGAUAACAGAACAGAUGACCGUGGUCGCGACCGCCGGGGUCGUCGCAACGAGAGCAAGUUCGAUCCCUCCGCGCAGGAGGAGACCGAUGACCCAGUGGAGAUCCGCAAGCAGGUCGAAUUCUACUUCUCAGACUCCAACCUUCCCAUGGACAAGUUCCUCCUCUCAAAGGUCGGCGGCAGCAAGAACAACGCCGUUCCCCUCGACCUUCUCCACUCUUUCAAGCGCAUGCGCCGAUUCCAGCCCUUCAGCGCCAUCGUCGAGGCGCUCAAGUCUUCCGAGACCCUUGAACUCACAGACAAUGAAACUUCCGUGCGCCGCAAGGUUCCCCUUCCCGAGACUGUUAAGGAUACUCACGACCCCACCGUCGUUAAGGUCUUCGAGGACCAGGCUAUGGCCCGCAGCAUCUACGCCAAGGGAUUCGGAGAAGAGAACCCUACCACCCAACUUGACAUUGAAGCCUUCUUCGCCCCCUACGGCCCCGUCAACGCCAUUCGUCUUCGCCGGACCAACGACAAGUACUUCAAGGGAAGUGUGUUUGUCGAGUUCGCAUCGGAGGAGAAGCAAAAGGCGUUCCUGGAACUGGACCCCAAGCCCCAGUGGAAGGGUCAGGACCUCAACAUCAAGAGCAAGAAGGAAUACUGCGACGAGAAGGUCAAGGAAAUCGAAGCCGGCCGAGUCAGACCCAGCGGUGGUCGUGGCCGCGGCGGCCGUGGCGGUCGGGGAGGUCGUGGAGGCCGUGGAGGCCGUCGUGACAACAACCGCGACUGGAGAGAGCGACGGGAUGAGGACCAGAAGCGAGGCUUCCGAAACGACCGGGACCAGAAGCCCGAGCGCCGCGAGGUCGAGAAGGACGCUAGCGGCGUUCCUAUUGUGCAGAGCACCGCCGACUCCACGGGCCAAAAGCGCACCCGUGAUGAAGACGCGAAUGGCGACCACCCUUCCAAGAAGGUUGACACGAAGGAGUAAUGAUCUAUUGCAUUCUAUUGCAUUUGCUUGUUUGCUUGCUAUGUUUGAGUUCAAUUUCAAUCCGGAUGGGCAAAAGUACCAAUACAAUACCAUUGCUUGUUUCCUCGAAUCUUGGAAACCACAUACCAAUUGCAUCUCAGCCUCCGUAUCUCGUCCUAGACAAUGUAUAUUCAACCCUAAAACUCCAUAUCAUAAGCCAACGUCUCCUCACACAACGCCUCCCUCAUCUUAUGCACCUCCAAAUGCGCCGGAUGCGUCGCAUACCCCUCCAGAUCACCAGGCUUCUCAAGCACAGCAACAAGCCCCAUAUCGAAACCCUUGGCGCGGGGGA